AUGAGGCGGAAUGUGGUAGUUGUAACUGGAGGGGCUCUCUUCGCCAGCAUUCUGGGUUUGUGGGUGUUGCAUUCUAUAUUCAAUAUACAAUCCCUCAAAACACCGCAAGCUGAGCUCCACUUCCUCGUUCCUGCAACAAGCAGCAAUGAACACCUUUGCAAGCUCAUGCUGUCCGCAGCUAUCCUUCGAUACCCCACACCAGUUAUCAUAAACUGGGGAGCCCCAGAAGACCCCAAAAAUCCAAACGCUGGACAUAUACAAAAAGUCGGAACCCUCCUAGGAUAUCUCGACGACCUGGCCAAUGCUGGCAAAAAAGAUGACUUGGUCCUCAUCGUGGACGGCUUCGAUAUUCACUUCCAGCUCCCAGCAGAAGUGCUCCUGAAACGGUACUUCGAGUCCAAUGCCGCAGCACAGAAACGCAUCAACUCACAGAUUGGGACAAUCAACGCCCAUGGAUACAAUAUCAAGCAGACCGUCAUUUUCGGACAAGAUAAAGCAUGUUGGCCUUCGUACCCAUGGGGUCAGAACUGGCAGGGUUGCUGGCUUGCCCCAGAGUCUACAUAUCCCAAAUUCGCGUUUGGACCUGGAACAGAUACCGAGAAGAAUCCCUUCGAGGCCUUCAAUGUCCGAGCUCGAUGGCUGAAUUCCGGAACAGUGAUGGGUCCAGUGGGAGACAUGCGAGAUGUCUUUCAAGCGGCGUUGGCAAACAUUGCCAAAAACCACACCACAGACUCUGACCAGUAUUACUUUGCAAACGUCUGGGCAGAGCAAGAAUAUUCACGGCGAUUGCUGCAAUCAGAGCCGUUUACGAAGAAAGAGAGGGAAGACAAAAACCUCCGCUGGCCCAAGAUCGCAGAAGAUCAAGAACCAGAAUUACACAUCGGACUCGACUACCAGGGUUUGAUGUGGCAGGUACUGGGGUUCUUCCGUCCAUCUGUGACAUGGAUGACAUUCGAUGGCGAACCGACACAUGCGAGAUCUAGCUCUACAAGAAAAACGUCAUUCGUGCGAGAUCCUUACCUCGACCGCACUCUACCAGAGGAUCUCGCAACUUCCCGUCCUCCUUUCGCAGCUGUCCUCGAACAGCUAGAAUCCCACGGCAAGUCAGGCAAAGCAACAGAUCUUCCCACCGAUCUCACCUGGCGCGAUCUCAAACUCGGCAUCAAUGCCAUCAGCAACAACAUCUUUCCCAUGCUGCAUUACACAGGACCGAAAUGGUUUCGCGAUGAUUGGUGGCCUAGGAUGUGGUAUUACCCUUAUGCAGAGCCUUUGCUAAAGGCUGCAGUGAGUUUGGACAGAGCUCCGAUCUCGAAGCAAGCUAUUGGGGGCAGGAUGUGGUGGCCUGCUGAGAUGGGUAUCACGACGGGGAAGAAGGGCGAUGAGAAGGGUGGUGCGAUGAGUGACAAGGGGACGUGGUUGCCGUGGAAGGAUAUGUGUGGUGCUUAUGAGAAAUUGCUAUGGAAGAAGCCAUGA